GAGUUGCCGUUCUUUGGGUCAAAACCAAAUUUGUCUUUUUUGUCUGGUGCACUUGCAGACGCUCCUCUAACACCCUUGACUAGCAUAUGCACUCUCAACCACCCUCGUCAUUAUCCUCCUCCUCCUCCUCAUCCUCGAUGAACAGUCAGACCAAGUUCUUGUCCGUCUUGGGAGCUGCCACUGCGACCCCAUUCACUAACUUUAGUAAGAUCAUCGACCCCUCCGGCAGACUCAAUUUCGGCGGAAAGGCCGUCGUCCAUUCCCAUGGCGUCGACUUCUCCAACGGAUCCUCCUUCUCUAUCAAUAUGAACGAAUUGACUCUCAUGGAAGAAUUGGGUAAAGGUAAUUAUGGUACCGUCCAGAAAGUCUUCCAUAAACCUACCAAAGUGGUCAUGGCAAUGAAAGAAAUUAGAUUAGAGUUAGAUGAUUCAAAGCUCAAAGCGAUUCUCACCGAGCUCGAUAUCUUGCAUUGA